GACGACGGCGUGUGCGUCAAGGUCGGUAAACCGUGGCGAUCGAAUUGCCCCGACGGCGAAUGUGGUGGCGUACGGCCGAACUUGGACGAGGCGCGGUGCGCGGAGGUGGCCGCGAUCCCGUAUUACGCGGCGCAGUGUGACGGAACCCCCGAAGAGCAGUGUUGGACUUGGUGUCCGCUGCCGACGCCGACGCCGACGACGUCCACGACAUCAACAAGGGCACCGCCGUACGACGACUUCUCGUUCUCGUACGUCUACGUCUACGACACCUUUGCGCCAAGCGGCUUGCCGACCGCGCAGCCGACCGCCGAGCCCUCGCCGAGCCCGACGUCGUCGAUGCCUUCGUCAGAGCCGACGACUGCGCCGACCUCCUCGGAGCCGACGAGCGAGCCGACGACUACGCCGACCUCCUCGGAGCCGACGAGCGAGCCCACGGCGGGCCCUACGCCUGGGCCGACCGCCGUGCCGACGGAGGUCUCGUACUUGUACGUCUACGACACCUUUGCGCCGAGUGGCUUGCCGACCGCGCGGCCGACGAGCGAGCCGACGACGGCGCCAACUUCCUCGGAGCCCACUGUUCAGCCGACGGCGGGCUCUACGCCUGUGCCGACGGAGUUCUCGUACUCAUACGUCUACGACACCCUGGUGCCGACCGCGCUGCCGACGGACGAGCCGUCGCCGUCACCGACGCUGGCGCCGUGGGCUCCGCCGUAG